AUGCCUAUGCCAAUGCAAAGACCAAUGCCUAUGCCAAUGCAACGGCCAAUGCCUAUGCCAAUGCAAAGACCAAUGCCUAUGCCAAUGCAAAGACCAAUGCAGAGGCCAAUGCCUAUGCCUAUGCAAGGGCCAAUGCCAUUUCAAUUUCCUCUGCCUUGUGUUCCUUCUGCUACAAAACGAUGCCCACCAAAAGUUAAUUCCAAAAAGAAAAAGACCCAAAAGAGGCCAAAGAUGGUUCAUCUUUUAGGUGCUCCAAUCCCUGGCCCUCCGCCAAUGACGUAUAUACUGCCACCACCACCACCACCCCCAAUGAUGCCUAUGAGGGGUCAGCCGUGUAUUCCAAGACCUCUUGCACCCUGUCCUCCUCUUGGAAGAGGACAUCCCAUGCCUAUGUCGAUGCGGCCACCUUUUCCUAUGCCUAUGCCAAGACAAAUGCCUAUGUCAAUGGGAAUGCCUUGGCAACAACCCUUGCCCAUGACAAAGCAUCAACCAAUGUCUAAGAAAAAGCAUAAAACAAAUAAAAAAUCAAAGAAAGGGCCUGUUUCAAGAAGACCAUCUUUCCCAUAUUCGGGACAAAUGCAAAACGCAAUGGCACCAUUGCACGGAAAUCCUUGCGUACCGACCCUAUUUAACAACUGCCCUCCGGUUGGCAAACCUAUCAUGAUUCCACCAAGUCCAUUUAUGCCUAUGCAAUAUGGGCAUCCAUUUGCUGGACUACGCCCAAUAACUCCAAAACCAGCCUCUCCAAUAGUGGUGCGAUUACCAAAUAUCGUUCUGAAUUAUCCAGUUAACCAAGGGUCGCAUAAAAAACGUGUAACUCACAAAGCAAAGACCAAAAUACCAAACCAAAACCGUCAUCCUGGCAGCAUGCCUUAUGGAAUGGCUAUGCCAAUGCAAUAUCCAUUGCCAAUGGGAAUGCAACAACCAAUGGGAAUGCAACRACAAAUGGGAAUGCAAUAUCCAAUGCCGAUGAGAAUGCAACAACCAAUGGGAAUGAACUUCCCACGACCAGCAAAUCCCUUUUCUCCAUACAUCAACCCUAAAAGCUGUGCGUUACCAUGCAUCAAGCCCCAAGGUCUCUUCUGCCCAAGUUACUGCCCGAAAUCCUGCUGUGGUCGUGGGAAAGGACAACUACGAGGAAAAAAGAGGAACAGAAUCCCAAACACGAAAACCCUCUAGGACUUAUCUAAGUAUUUAACUGCACAAUCAUGAUAAUAAUAAUAACAAUAAUAAUAAUAAUAAUAAUAAUAAUGAUGAUGAUAAUAAAUACGAAAAAGCUA